AUGGUUGCUGAUGAUAUUGCAUUUGAAAAAGAUAACAAAACUGUUAGAGGACAUCUGUUGAACCAUAUGACUAACCCUCUGUUUGAUUUAUUUGUUACUAACAAAUCUGCUAAGGAAGUAUGGGACAGUUUGGAAAAGAAAUAUGGAGCUGAUGAUGCAGGGAAGAAGAAAUAUAUUAUUGGCCAAUGGAUUAAGUUCCAGAUAGUUGACAAUAAGCCAAUCAUGGAACAGGUUCACGAGUAUGAGAACUUGACUGCUGAUGAACUGAUCAGUCACAUGAGGACUGAGGAGGCAAACCGUCUCAAAGAUGAAAUGGAAGCUCUUUCUCUUAAUUCUCCUAAAAUUAACCUUGCGAAAAUUUCUGGUACUGUUGUGAAAGAUAGGGCUUCUCAGUGCAAUCAAAGACAAGGGCAAAACUCGAAGCAGGGAGGACAAGGUGCUUCCCAAGCCAAUCUUGGUGAGGGGAAUGAUGUUAUUACUAUUGUGGUCGCUGAGGCGAAUCUUGUGGUUAACAAGACUGAUUGGGUCUUUGGACACGGCGCUUCAAGGCAUCUUUCUGCUAAUAAGGAGCUAUUCAAUAACUUUGAGGAGUCUACUGAUGGCGAGUAUGUCUACAUGGGUAACUCCACUACAGCUGGAGUUAUGUGUUAUAUCCCGUGUUUUGAACAAUGGGACAAUAUGAGUGAAUUACGAUAA